AUGGUCGUCGUCGAGCGCGCCAUGCAGGCCGUCUCGGCGUCGCCGGCGGCGUCCGGCGACGCGCGGGCCGCGUCGCCCCGCGCGCGCGCCGAGAGCGGCGACGGCGACGACGCGCGCGCGGCCGCGGACGCGAUGCGGCGCGAGGUCGCGGCGCUCAAGGACGCGCGCGACGCCGCGGAGGCCGCGGGCGCGAAGCGCUGCGCGGCGGCGGAGGCGGCGCGCGACGAGCUGGCGGCGGAGCUCGAGGAGGCGCGCGGCGAGCGCGCGGCCGCGGUCGCGCAGGCGGAGCGCGCGAAGGAGCGGCUCCGCGCGUCGGAACUCGAGGGCGAGCGCCUCGCGACGGCCAACGGCGCCCUCGAGGGCCGCGUCGACGCGCUAUUGGAAGCGGCGCGGACCGCGGCGACGGCGAAGCAGGCGCUCGUCGACGAGCUCGACGUCGCGCGGAGCCGGUGCGCCGAGGCCGAGGUCGCGGAGGCGCGCGCGGACAAGCUGAGGAAGAAGGUGGAAGACUUAUCGAGCGCGCGGCGGGAGAUGAAGGACCUCGACGACCAGAACGCGGCCUACCUCGCGGAGAUCCUGCGGCUGGAGGGCGUCGUCGCGAACGCGGGCGGCGCGCAGGCGGAGUGCGAGCGGUUGAAGGCCGAGCGGUCCGCGCGCGACCGCGAGGCCUUCGAGCUCAAGAGCGCCCUCGAGCUCAAGGACGCGGAGCUCCGCCGCUGCCGGGAGGACCUCGAGGAGGCGUCGGAGGCGCGGCGCUUCUUCGAGGAGGAGCUCGCGGCCGCGACGGCGCGCGCGCCCGCGGCCGCGGACGACGCGCCGCGCGACGCGGCGCCGGACGGCGGCGACGACUUCGCGCCCGUCUUCGGCGAGUCCGCCGCCCAGCUCCGCGCCAAGGUCGCGCGCCUCGAGCGCGAGAACCAGCGCCUCGAGGCCGCGGCCGCCGCGCCGGCCGACGGCGGGUCGGGCGCCGCGCCGCCGGCCGCGGCCGCCGCGCGCGCGGACGUGCUCGAGGGCCAGCUCAGGGACUUGGAAGCGUCCCUCGCGGCGCGCGAGCGCGACGCCCUCGACGCCCGCGCCAAGGCCGCCGACGCCGAGGCCCACGCGAGCCGCCUCGACGAGCGCGCCGCGAAACUCGCCGCGGACCUCGACGACGCGAGGCGCGCGCUCGCGGCCGCGCCCGCGGUCGGCGCCGCGCCGCCGGAGACGUCCGCCGCGCCGCCGCCGCCGGCCGCCGACGACCGCGCGGCGGUCCUCGCGGAGCGCGACGCGACGAUCGCGAAGCUGCAGGCGGACCGGGAGAAGCUCGAGACGUACACGCGGAAGACGCUCCACAACGUCCAGGAGAAGUACAGCGUCCUCGUCCAGACCUACAAGAACCAGAUCAAGGAGAAGCAGGACAAGAUCACGAACCUCGAGGCCCGCGUCCGCACGGACCGCACCGCGCACAAGCGCGAGGAGGGCUUGGUCGUGUCCGCGAUCUACGACCUCGGCCAGCGCGUCAUCGAGGCGAACCUCGCCGCGCUGCACAACCCCGCCGACGGCGCCGACCCCCGCGACUUCAAGCCGCCGGGGGCGACGACGCCGCGGGGUGUUUAA